AUGGUCAACUUAUCAUUAAAAUCAUCCAUUGUUGCUGCUUCUACUUUAUUACCAGCUCUAACACAAGCCACUACUACUGCCUGCAAUCCAUUGAAAAGCACAGAUUGCCCUGCUGAUACUGCCUUGGGUACUAGUUUCAGUGAAGACUUCUCAAGUGAGUCUAAAUGGUUUACUUCCUUAGGUAACCCAGGAAAAAUUUCUUAUUCCGAUGAUGGUGUGUCUAUCACUUUAGAAAAAAGAUUUGACAACCCAAGUUUGAAAUCCAACUUUUAUAUCAUGUAUGGUAAAUUCGAAGUCAUUGCUCAAUGCGCUCCAGGUACAGGUAUGGUUUCAUCUGUAUUUUUACAAUCGGAUGACUUAGACGAAUUAGAUAUCGAAUGGCUGGGUGGUGAUGAUACUCAAGUUCAAUCUAAUUUCUUCUCCAAGGGUGAUGUGACAACUUAUGAUAGAGGUGCAUUCCACAGUGUGAAUCAACCACAAACUACUUUCCACAAUUAUACUCUAGACUGGGCUGAAGAUCAAACAGUUUGGUACGUUGAUGGUGUUCCUGUUAGAACUUUAUUGAGUAAUAAUCCUGAAGGUUAUCCUCAAUCUCCUAUGGCUUUGUUCAUGGGUAUCUGGGCUGGUGGUGAUCCAUCGAAUGAACCAGGUACUAUCGAAUGGGCUGGUGGUUCUACAGACUAUUCUCAAGCUCCAUUCUCUAUGGUCAUCAAAAAAUUAGUUGUUACUGAUUAUUCCUCUGGUGACAAAUAUUCUUAUGGUGAUCAAUCCGGUGAUGCCUCAUCUAUUGAAGCUGAAAAUGGUUCCGUUAAUGGUAGAUACAACCAAGCUCAAGUUGAAUUUGCUAAAUUAGUUGAUGGUGAAUCUGUUUCUGGAUUGAAAGAUACAUCUUUCAGUACCACUAAAACUUCCUCUUCAUCUGCCACUUCAUCUGCUGCUUCUUCCGCCAUCUCUUCUUCCGCUCCCUCUUCCGCUAUUUCCUCCUCUGCUGCUUCUUCCUCUACUACCUCUUCAUCUGCUGCCGAAUCUAGUAGUUCAAGAAAAUCUUCUAGUUCUUCAUCGUCUUCUGCCACUAAAUCCAGUGCCUCCAGCUCCUCUUCUAGCUCCACCAAGAAGGCUCAAAGUAGCACCGCCCAACAAUCAAGUUCUAAUAACACCUCUUCGACUGCUUUAGAUAAUGAUUCUGAAUCUUCUAUUACUCCAUCAUCAUCUGCAACUUCUGAAUCUAAAACAUCCAAGACGACAAAGGCUAGCUCUGCCCACAGUUCCUCCAAGUCAACUAAUAAAGCUGUCUCUAAAGAAGUCUCCACUGGCUCUAGCACAAUGACCACUUCUUUAAUCUCUUCUGAUGCUACCAUUGCUACUGCAAUUAUUUCGGAUAAUGCUGGUCACAUGCAAAUGGUCAAUAAUUUCAUGGCCUUUGUCAUCCUUUGUAUCGUCGCUUUAAUUUAA